AUGUCGAGUAAACAAACGAAUCCCAAUGCACAAGACAAUGACGAUGAUGACGGCGUGACGCCAGAGCCCCCCGCUAGAGGUCUCUUUGCGGAUGUCUUUCGAGAGUCCCUUGGAGAAGACAUAGACAAAGCGGACCUUGAUGAUGGCGAACUGUUCCGUCGCGAUGGUCCAGCAAGGAAGCCUGAUCACGACAAUGGCCUUCCCGAUUCCCCUGAAAGCAUUACCCAAUCUCGAGCGCCUCAUGGCAAAGAGGCUGCUGGAAUGUCCCGAUCUAUUCAUACAGAUGAUGAAACUGAAUGGAGAUCCAUGCCAAUGAUACCGCCUGAUUCCCUAUUGCCAACCUCCCCUUUUGAUUUACGCCCGGCAUCAUCGCCGGCAGCUGCCCCCAUGAGAGGAAUCGUGGAACCAAACGCAAAUUUUUAUGAUUUCAAAUUUACAGACUUGGCAAGGCAGACAGACUUGAUGACACGCCAAGCAGAUGUGAUGGAUGAGUUUCUCGACGUUCUUCCCUUAAAUCCCAUGAAGCCUGGAGGAGGUCCAACCAUUCAAAAGCUGAAGCCUCAGCGGCCACCUUCAAAAACGAUGAUUCUGACUCCUGAACAGCAAGCACAAAUAAUUCGAAACCCCACCAAGGCUACAUUUAUUCCACCAUCAAUUUCUGCCGUGGAAAUCAGAAUUGCUGGCUGGGGACCCUCUGGUGUGUGCUUGCUUCGGAAUCUUCCAAUAAUAUAUCCCAACAGGGCCAAGAUUGUUAGAGAGAAUUCCUUUCCUUUGGAAUCGCUGGCUCAAGUAACUGAACAAAUCCAAAUCUACGACAAAACUCUUGGAUUUCAAGUUAUUUACCAAGAGAAACCGCUCAAGGCUAUCAUCCAAACUCCCAACUGUGGGGAGUUCAUUGUCGAUUUUUGGGCUUCGUCGUCGAAUCCUGACUUUUACCUGGCACUCCACCCACGACGAGAAGUUGGUAUUCAAACCCAAACCCAAAUGAGUAUGCUCUUGAAGGCCUUGAAGGAAGAUGGAGAGAAUAUUGCCAACCUGCCACUCCCUACCCCUCAGCCCUUUGACAGCAAAGGUUUGGAACGUCUGGAAUCCUACCUUGAAAACUCAGUCCAAGUUAUGGAAGCCAAGCGGGCCAAAACUACUGGAAAGCCAACGGAAGUUUUUAGGCGAAAUGUUCUGGCAGAGGUCCACCAUGCACUCAUGUCCGAAUCACUAGAGCAACGCAAAUUUGCCAUGUCAUUAUUGCUGCACGGCACUGAUCUCAAGUCAACCAUGGGAUCCUUUGCAUGCCGAGUGACCGCUGUCGUUCUGGCGGGAUCUUCUUUGGACCAGGCGGAGUUGGAAGACCAGAAUGCCAUGGAUAUUCACAAGACUUUGAUCCAAAUCUUGCAAGAGGCCGAAUUUGUCGGAGACGAGGACCGAUUCCACGACUUUACCGAGAUUCCCCAGGACAGCGACAUGACCACCAACACCUUUCAUUCCAAGCCCUUGUCCCCUCGCAAGCGUCCUCGACACUAUGAGGAUUUCAUGUGCGAGAUCCACAAUAUGGCCAUGACCAUUUUAGUCCAAGCACUCGAGGUGGCUACCUGUUUUCAACAGCACAAGGAUCUGAUACAACAGUUUGUAACCAACUAUUACUUGGCCAACAAUGGAGCCAUGAAUGCCGUUUUCGAGCGAUGUAUCUUUCAAGUCAAUGACCCUUUGGCCAGCCAUUCCCUUUCCAAGGGUUACUUGGCCUGCAGAGCGCUCCGCAUCUUGGCCGAAUCCAGUACUGAGUUGCGCAAGCAAGUGGAAUCGGAUGAUCGCACCAAGUUGAGCAUUCUGGGAGCCUUGGAAGUAGGAGAAUCUAGUCACUGGUUGCUCCAUCGAGAAACCAAGGUUUUACACAAUUUGAUUUAUGGUCAAAUGUGA